AUUCGACGUACGCGAGAGCUGCAGUGGACAAACGCGAUUGGUGCCGAUGAGGACGCUGGUGAUUCUGCAAUACAUAGACGAAGCGGUUGAGAGGAGCCGAGCUGAAACUCUGCCACCUGUUUAGUAAAACUGUCCACUCUGACAGACUUAGCGCGGAAUCAGUUGUUUCUUUUUAAAAUAAAUAGGAGGGCGCCGACAGAGACCGCGAUGUUGAUAUGAAUGAUUUGCUGAGGUUCGCACGGUAAAGACAGCGGAGCACAGCCGGUGAAUCCAAGCGGAGCCCAACAGUUAGCGUUAGCUUUAGCAUUUUAGCUACCCUUUAGCUUAGGAGCCGCUAAUUGGUGCCCUCUCCUCAAACACCUGCUCGCCAGUGUUUUAGCCAACGAGCCGGUUAUCUGUCACACCGUCGUGGUCUGUGUUGUUUUUAAAGCACGAGGUGACGCCGACGAAAAGGAGACCGGGGGUUAUACGGUUGGGACCAGCAAGUGGCCGUCAACCAUGGACAACGCACACACAAAGACGGUUGAAGAAGUUUACAGCUUUUUUAACGUCAAUGAGAGCACGGGUCUGAGUUUAGAGCAAGUGAAGAAACAGCGGGAGCGAUUUGGACCAAACGAACUGCCGGCUGAGGAGGGUAAAUCCCUUUGGGAACUGGUGAUUGAACAAUUUGAAGACUUGCUUGUGAGGAUCCUUUUACUUGCUGCCUGCAUAUCCUUUGUGCUGGCCUGGUUUGAAGAAGGAGAGGAGACCGUUACAGCCUUUGUGGAGCCUUUUGUUAUCCUGCUUAUUCUCAUAGCAAAUGCCAUUGUAGGAGUCUGGCAGGAACGAAAUGCAGAAAAUGCCAUCGAAGCACUUAAGGAGUAUGAGCCAGAGAUGGGGAAGGUGUACCGCCAGGAUAGGAAGAGUGUCCAGAGAAUCAAGGCUCGGGACAUUAUGCCUGGGGACAUAGUGGAGGUGGCAGUUGGAGAUAAAGUGCCUGCAGACAUCAGGCUUACUUCUAUCAAGUCGACCACACUGAGGGUAGACCAGUCAAUCCUUACAGGAGAGUCUGUGUCUGUGAUCAAACACACUGACCCUGUGCCUGACCCGCGUGCUGUCAACCAGGACAAGAAGAACAUGCUCUUUUCUGGCACCAACAUCGCAGCUGGUAAGGCGGUCGGCGUGGUUGUCGCCACAGGCGUCAACACAGAGAUUGGCAAAAUCCGGGAUGAAAUGGCAUCAACAGAGCAGGAGCGCACGCCACUGCAGCAAAAGCUGGACGAAUUUGGAGAGCAACUUUCCAAGGUUAUUUCACUGAUCUGCAUCGCUGUGUGGAUCAUCAAUAUUGGGCAUUUCAAUGAUCCGGUCCAUGGAGGCUCUUGGAUUCGCGGCGCCGUCUACUACUUCAAGAUUGCUGUGGCUCUGGCGGUGGCUGCUAUCCCUGAGGGUCUGCCUGCUGUCAUCACUACUUGCCUGGCAUUAGGAACUCGCCGCAUGGCCAAGAAGAACGCCAUUGUCCGCAGUUUGCCCUCUGUGGAGACCCUUGGCUGUACAUCUGUCAUCUGCUCUGACAAGACGGGCACUCUCACCACCAAUCAGAUGUCUGUGUGCAGGAUGUUUAUCAUUGACCGAGCUGAGGGUGAGCACUGUUCACUGAAGGAAUUCAAUGUCACCGGCUCCACAUAUGCCCCAGAAGGACAAGUGUUCCAUGAGGGCAAAACUGUCCGAUGUUCCCAGUAUGAUGGCUUGGUGGAGCUGGCCUCUAUCUGUGCUCUCUGUAAUGACUCUUCAUUAGAUUAUAAUGAGACGAAAGGUGUGUAUGAGAAGGUGGGAGAGGCCACGGAGACGGCGCUCACGUGCCUCGUGGAAAAGAUGAACGUAUUUGAUACAGAUAUCAAAGGCCUGUCCAAGAUUGAGCGAGCCAACGCCUGUAAUUCGGUGAUAAAGCAGCUCAUGAAGAAAGAGUUUACCCUGGAAUUCUCCAGAGACCGGAAGUCCAUGUCUGUGUACUGCACUCCGAACAAAGCCCGCUCUGCUGUUGGCAAGAUGUUUGUAAAGGGCGCUCCUGAAGGCGUGAUCGACAGGUGCACACACGUGCGAGUCGGCAACAACAAGGUGCCGCUGACCCCUGGUAUCAAGGAAAAGCUAAUGUCCGUGAUCAGAGAAUAUGGCACCGGCAGGGACACCCUGCGCUGUCUGGCUCUGGCCACCCGGGACACCCCCAUGAGCAAAAAUGAACUGGCAUUAGAGGACUGCACCCGCUUUGUUGAGUAUGAGACUGAUCUGACAUUCGUCGGCUGUGUGGGCAUGUUGGACCCUCCCAGGGCAGAAGUGGCAGCUUCCAUCAGACUGUGCCGUCUUGCAGGCAUCCGAGUAAUUAUGAUCACUGGAGACAACAAGGGGACGGCGGUGGCCAUCUGCAGACGUAUUGGUAUUUUCAGCGAGGACGACGACGUGUCCAGCAUGGCUUACACUGGCCGAGAGUUUGACGACCUGUCACCUGCCGCACAAAGAGAAGCUGUGGUCAAGGCCCGCUGCUUUGCUCGUGUCGAGCCUUCACAUAAAUCCAAGAUUGUCGAGUACCUGCAGUCCUACGAUGAGAUUACCGCUAUGACCGGUGAUGGCGUCAAUGAUGCUCCUGCACUCAAGAAGUCUGAGAUUGGCAUUGCAAUGGGCUCGGGCACAGCUGUGGCCAAGACUGCCUCUGAGAUGGUGCUGGCCGACGACAACUUUUCCACCAUCGUGGCUGCAGUUGAAGAGGGCAGAGCCAUUUAUAACAACAUGAAACAGUUCAUCAGAUACCUCAUUUCUUCCAAUGUGGGCGAAGUUGUCUGCAUCUUCCUGACUGCAGCUCUCGGCUUCCCUGAAGCUCUCAUUCCCGUUCAGCUGCUCUGGGUCAACCUGGUGACUGACGGUUUGCCCGCCACUGCCCUCGGCUUCAACCCGCCAGACUUGGACAUCAUGAACAAGCCCCCGCGCAACGCCCGCGAGCCCCUCAUCUCUGGGUGGCUCUUCUUCAGAUACCUGGCAAUCGGAUGUUACGUGGGCGCUGCUACUGUUGGUGCUGCUGCCUGGUGGUUUGUUGCAGCUGAGGACGGACCAAGGAUUACCUUUUACCAGCUGAGCCACUUCCUUCAGUGUGGUCCAGAAAAUCCAGACUUCCAGGGUAUGGACUGCAGCGUGUUUGAGUCUCCUUACCCCAUGACCAUGGCCCUGUCUGUGCUGGUCACCAUUGAGAUGUGCAAUGCCCUGAACAGUGUGUCGGAGAACCAGUCCCUGCUGCGUAUGCCUCCGUGGGAGAACGUGUGGCUGCUGGGAGCCAUUUGCCUCUCCAUGUCUCUUCACUUCCUUAUCCUCUACGUGGAGCCUCUACCUAUCAUCUUCCAGAUCACCCCGCUGAAUCUGACACAGUGGCUGAUGGUGCUCAAGAUCUCAUUGCCCGUCAUCCUGCUGGACGAGUUCCUCAAGUUUGCCGCCAGGAACUACCUGGAGCCUGGUAAAGAGCUGGAGAAGCCUGCCAGCUCCAAAUGCUCCCUGUCUGCAUGCAUGGAGGGCAUCUCCUGGCCCUUCGUGGCCGUUUCCCUCCCCUUGGUCCUCUGGAUCUACAGCUCCGACACUAACAUGGCCGACAUGUUCUGGUCUUGACUGACUUGAGCACAACUUUGACUUUUUUUCCCCCACCUAAUCCCC